UCCUAUCUCCAAAUAAAAUCUAACACUAAACCCUGACCAUGAAUCUCAAUUCCAUUUCUAAACAUUCUCUUCUCUUGAUUUUUUGCAGAAGCAAAGCUUCUCAUUCAAAAUUUCCAUGGCAAUUCAAGCAAACUUUUCUUUUCUUCCUUCUCAAUCGUCCCUCCAUUCUCAUAGUUUCCAGUCAGUUAACCCAAAGCUUAACUUUACUGAUGGUAAUCUUGAGAGAAAGAAAAAGUUUAGAUUCUUAACCAAAUCAAGUGGUGAACAAGGGGAGGACUAUUUGAUCGAUGCUCCUGUUUCAGUUGGUGAUGGGUUUUCGUUUAGUGGAGGAAAGUUUGGGGACGGCUCGUCUCGGUCGGAUGAAUGGUUUAAACGAGGGAAAUAUGUAAAGGCUCAUCCUGUUUAUGGCACCGGUGAGAAAGCAAAGGAUCCCAUAUUCGGACUUACAAUGGCCGGAAGUUCUCAAGCAUCUACUGAUGUUUUCAGAUGGUUUUGCGUUGAAAGUGGAAAUGCUUCUAAGCCUUCAAUUGUUUUAAUUCAUGGGUUUCCUUCACAGGCAUAUUCAUAUCGCAAAGUGCUAGAUGUACUCUCCAAAGACUAUCACGUCAUUGCUUUUGAUUGGUUAGGUUUUGGGUUUUCGGAUAAGCCUCAACCGAAAUAUGGUUUUGAUUACGCUUUGGAUGAAUAUGUGUCAUCCUUGGAUUCACUUAUUAACGUGCUUGGCUUGGACAAACUUUCCAUCGUUGUUCAGGGUUACUUUGCUCCAGUGAUUGUCAAGUAUGCUAGCAAGCAUCAAGAAAAGCUGAAGGAUCUUAUUCUAGUUAAUCCUCCGCUGACAAAUGAGCACGUAAAACUCCCAUCAACACUUUCUGUAUUCAGCAACUUUUUGUUGGGCGAAAUUUUCUCACAGGAUCCAUUAAGGGCCAGUGAUAAAACCUUGACGAGCUGCGGGCCUUACAAAAUGAAAGAGGAAGAUAUGAUGGUUUACCGAAGACCUUAUCUUACUUCUGGUUCUUCUGGUUUUGCGUUAAAUGCAUUAAGCAGGACCAUGAAAAAGGAUCUCAAGGGCUAUGUUGAGGAAAUGAGGAAAACAUUAUCUACUGACAGUUGGAAAGUCCGCACGACGGUAUGUUGGGGUCAAAGAGACCGUUGGUUGAAUUAUGAUGGUGUUGAAGAAUACUGCAACGGUGCUAAGCACGAACUUGUAGAGCUUCCUUCUGCAGGACAUCAUGCACAGGAAGACUGCGGGGAAGAGCUCGGAGGGAUAAUUGCACAAGUUAUUAGGAAAAGAGGGCUAAACAUUUCUCCAUGAUCUUUUAAAGAAAUCUUAUAUAUGUUUGAGAAUGUAUUACCAUGUCGAUAUUUUGAAUCUGAGAUCAUGGUUGGUAAUGGGUUUGUACGUAUAAAUAUAUGGCUCUCUAUCCACUCCACAAUGAACUCACUUUAUAAGUACAUAGGGUUGUGCCUGUAAUCGAGUGCCUGAUAGUGUAUUCUAUAAGAUAUCGUAGAUAAUGAUAAUAUUGGAAGCGAAAUUAAAUAAGUACCCCUUAUUUUUA